GCGAGCAUCUGAUCAGAUGGGAAAGCACUCCUACGACUAUCUUCUUUCCUAUACCUGCCUUUAACAUCCCUGUGUCCUCCGCGCGACCAUGUCUAAAUACCAUUGACACCCCACAGCCUCGUCCAAUCGUGCUAGCAUGUCUAAGUCCUGAUACUCCACCGUCCUGCCCAAUCCAACAUGUCUACGUCUACGGACGGGUCGAUACCCGACUCCAGCGACGAGAAUGGAAGGGAACUGCGGAUCUUCAUGGCAGCCAUGAUAACAUUCCCUACCAUCGCGGUUGUACUUCGUUUCUGGUCCCGAGCGAUCAUGCCGCCGAAUGCGUCUCAGAUGCGAAACAGGCACUUCUGGUGGGAUGACUGGGCCGUGCUUGUUACGUGGGUUUGUUUUUCUCCCACCCACAAUAUCUAUCUACAGACUCUAACUGGCGGUACCCGCGACGACCCUCAGCUGUUAACCGUCAUGUGUUCUAUCGUCAGCUGUAUCAUGGUGGGCCUGGGUGUAGGAAAACAUUAUUCCGAGGUUGGCUUCGUGGGCUACGCCAAAAUCCGCAAACUGGUAUACGUCACCUUCUUUUCAUUUGGGCUGGGGACGGGGUUUGGCCGAGCAUCUGCCCUGCUGUUCUACGCUUUGAUCUUCGAUAUGAUCUCGCGCACAUUCGCAUAUGCUCUGUGGGUCCUGCAUGCCUUGAAUGUGGCAUGGAUGGUAGGGCUGGUCUUCGCAGUCAUCUUCCAAUGUUCUCCGGUUGAGAGCGCAUGGAAUCCAGCGGUCAAGGGCCAUUGCGUGGCUCUCUGGUCGCUCUGGAUGGGGAUUCUCUUGCCUGCGUUGAUAAUUGACCUGGCCAUUCUACUGCUCCCAAUGCCCAUCCUGGGCAAACUACAUUUGCCCCGGUCCCGGAAAUUCCUCAUUAUCACCCUCUUCGCCUGUGGUUAUAUGUAA